AUGGUCGGCGCGCGAGGCAUCGAGGACGUCAUCGCGACGCGUUCGGCGCCGACGACGGGCCGACGAGGGCGCGCGAGGGCGCGCGCGACGGUGCGAACGCGCGCGAGGUUCGAUAUUCUGAAACCGCUUCGCGCGGGACCGCGGUUCGCGGCGGAACAGUCGGUGGAUCCGCGCGUGUACCGCGGCGCCUACGCAGACUGGACGGUGGACGCCGCGGACCGCGCGGAGGUGUUCGCGUAUCGAGGGUCGUUGAGCGCGAUGUCGCUCGGCGCCGCGCUCACCGCGGGGUUGUGUCACGCCGGGGAUUACGUGGACGCGGAAAAAGCGUACUUCUUGGGCGGAUUGGGGCUGGGGGGGGCGCUGCUGAUGGUGCACAUGUACGUCGGCGAGAUUCGCGCGGCGAUGCGCGCGCUCUGGUCGGUGGGGUUUUUGGGAAGCGCGGCGAUCGCGAUGAGCGCGCAGGAGCCGCUGCCGGUGUACGUCUGGGAACAUCCGAUGAGCGUUUUGCUCGUCGGUCCGAUGUUCGCCGCGUUGACAGGGCUGGCGUUUAAGGAGGGGAUGUGUUACGGUAAGCCGGAGGCGGCGCUUUUAUUCUUCGCCGUGCCGGCGAUGUGUUUGAGUCAUCUUUUCGGCGCGAGCGCAGACGUGUGCGGGGUGGAGGCGAACGUCGUGCUCGCACUUCUAGUCGUUCUUGCGUUGCGCAAGUAUUCGCAGCCGAUCAAGGACGAUAUCGGGGAUAAAUCAAUCUUCAUGUUUCAAGCGCUCGAGGAGGGGUCCGACGAACAACUCGAGUUUCUCAAACGCGCGCGCGAAAACGGUUUCGACGUGUGA